CUGCUCCGCGCCUCCGUCGUGUGGGGCUCGCGAGAGCCUGGACCACGGCGGAGGCCUCCACCGGCGUUGCUCGCCACCGGAUUUGGCGUGCUCUGCUUAAUUGGGCCGAUCUCAAGCCCUUGGCGGAACUUGCACUUCUCGACCCAAAAACCCAAACAAGGCAUAAUUGGGCCGAUUCCCUCCUAUAUUCUCGUUUCCCGCGGCUCAACCGCUCAUCAAGCCCUAGAUAGUGCUCUCUCUCUCUCUCUCUUUGCUCGAUUCGCCGGCGAUGGCGGCGCCGCCGGAGGCGACGGGGGCGCCGCCCCAGACUGAAGGAGAGGAGGUUAAGGAUGGCGUCGAGGUCUGCGUAUUUGACGAGUCACCGGAGGUCUUCUCCAGAGCGGUGCACGCCAUCUCGGAGCUCACAACCGGGGAGCACGAGCCGAACUUCCCUGACGCCGAAGUCGAGCGGCUCGCCUCCUCAAUAACUUUCCUCAGAGAAUGGAGGCACUUCUCUUAUGAGCCAAAAAAUGUUAGUUUCACUUGUGACGCCAGAUCAGCUCCAUCCAGAGUUGACACACACAAGAUAAACUUACCACAGUUCUCGUCUGCAUCUGUCCCCCAGAUCACACACCUAGACAAUGGGAAGGCUAAAACAGACAGCUUUUGCAGCUCAGAUUUCGUUAUAUUUGCCGGAGGCAAUGUUUGGGCGUUGGACUGGUGCCCUAGGUUGUGUGACAGGCCUCAUUCUCCCAUAAACUGUGAGUAUCUUGCUGUUGCUGCUCACCCUCCUGGUUCUUCUUACCAUAAAAUUGGCAUGCCGUUAAUCGGGAGAGGUAUAAUUCAAGUUUGGUGUCUCCUAGCACCAUCUGAAGAGGGUCAUCCUCAUCAGUCAUUGGUUGCAUGCAAUAAAUAUAAUCCAUCCAAUCAACCAAAACAAAGGGGUAGACCAAGAAAGACCAUCACAACUUCUGAUGAUCACUUGGAACCAAGUGUCAAAAGACCAAGGGGCAGACCAAGAAAAUAUCCACUGCCAAUUGCCAAAGUGGAAGAUUCAUCCCAAAACGACAGAAGUCAAGAGUUUGCUCUUAUUUAUCCUCUUGUCAGUCCAGCAGUUGUUUCAUGUGACAUUGCAAUAGCUUAUCCCAUGCCAACUGUUAAUCCUGUGGAAUCAACUCCAAGAAAAGGUAGAGGGCGACCUAGGAAAAAACCUGUUGAAAUAAAAGGUUUGUCUGGCAUUAAACUAACAGAAGACUUGUCUACAGCUCUAUCUCCAAUAGCUUUAACCUGCAUGGAGCCCAAGAAAAAAAGGGGGAGGCCCCGAAAGUAUCCUGCUCCAAGCAACAGCAAGCAUCUUCCAGGCACUGAUACUGAAUUAGGAAAUGAUUCUGUCUGUCAGCCUGGUUCAAUUGAUUUUGGUUUGGGUCCCACUGAAAAUACUGGGUCUGGUGCUAAUAUAACUCAUGCUGCAGUUGAUGCAGCCUCCCCAGUUCCAUUGUCAGGUCAGAGGGGUAGAGAACAGCCAGAAAAGGAAGUAAUUCAUAUUGAGAAUUCCAUGCAAUCUGGACAGUCUGACAUAGGAUCCAUGUUGCCUACGUAUAUUUUACCUGAAUCAGGCAACAAGAGUAACUCAACUGGUCUGAGGCGGAGGGGACGACCUAGGAAGAAACCAUUUCCGAGUACAACCAGUUGUGUAUUUGUUCCUGGUACUGAGACCCCAAAGAAAGGUUCUACUCUGACCAAUUCAAAUAAUCUCGUGGUCUUGGCCAAGAGUAAUUGUGACAUUUUAGCAAAUGAUAUUGGUCCAUCAAGCUGUGCUAUAGAGAACAGUGUCCAUUUGAGUGUUGGAACAUCUCAUGCUGCAACACCAGCACAGGGCAUAUGUCUUGCAAAAUGCAAGGAAGAAUCAAGUGCCAAGAAGGGUAGAGGCAGACCUAGAAAGCAGCCAAUUUCAACGGAAUGCGGUUGUUCUAAAGCAUGCAGGGGUGAAGAACAAAAAACUCAGACAAUUCCCAAGUCAAGCGACAAUGCGUCCUUGGUUGAAAAUUGCAAGAAAGAAUCAUGUCCCGGAAAGGGCAGAGUGCAAGAUAAAAAGAAAUCUGUUUCAAAUGAAAGAAGUUCAGUAGUGCUUAGUGUUGAAGCACAGAACAUGGACGGAUCUUCUGCAUCAACUGCAUAUACUUCAUGUUGUACUCCUGCUUGUAACUUUGAAAACGCAGAGACAAAUCAGGCUGUAUCUGUUCCUUCCGAAAACAGUGCUCAGGUUAUUGAUGAACUAAAAGAUACAGAAGUGGCUCGAUUCAAAGAAUCAACUAAAGAUGAUAAUAUGAUUUGUUCUGCAGAAAAGACCCUUUCUCGUGUCCCAAAAGACAUUUCUCUACCAAGGGUUGUCUUAUGUUUAGCUCAUAAUGGAAAAGUUGCUUGGGACGUAAAAUGGAAACCUCCUUCAGCAAAUCAGUCAGAACAUAAAUCAUGUUUGGGUUUUCUUGCAGUACUCUUGGGGAAUGGCUCGCUUGAAGUAUGGGAAGUUCCAUCUCCAAGCAUGAUUCAGAAAAUAUAUUCCUCUUCUUCAAAGGAGGGUACUGACCCUCGAUUUUUAAAGCUGAAGCCUGUGUUUAGCUCUGCCAAAGUAAAGUGCGGGAACAGACAAAGCAUUCCCUUGACAGUUGAUUGGUCACCCUCUCAUGAUAUGAUAUUGGCGGGAUGUCACGAUGGAACGGUUGCUUUAUGGAAGUUCUCUGCAAACCUGUCAUUUCAAGGUUCAAAACCUUUUAUGUGUGUAACUGCUGAAUCUGCUCCCAUCAGAACCGUGUCGUGGGCACCAUCUGUGAGUAAGGAAAACGUGAAUACCUUUGUCACUGCUGGAGAGGAUGGUCUGAAAUUCUGGGAUUUAAGAGAUCCAUAUCGUCAUCUUUGGGAGUUAACUACUGCUCCAAGGGCCGUAAUAAGUCUUCAAUGGUUGAAGGAUGCAAGAGGUGUUGUCAUAUCAUUGGAAGAUGGCACAUUAAAGUUCGUUAGCUUGUCAAGAAUCGCAAAUGAUGUUCCUUUUACUGGAAGGCCAUUUGUUGGAACGAAAACUCAGGGUGUUUCUACCUAUCAAUUGUCUGAAUAUUUGAUCUGGAGUGUCCAUGCCUCAGAAAUUACAGGCUAUGCGGCUUAUUGUGUGGCUGAUGGAACUGCUGUUUGCUUUGAGCUUACUCCGAGAUUCUGGGAAAAGGAACCUGGGAGGAACCGUGUACCAUAUUUUCUUUGUGGUUCAUUAUCAGAGGAGGGAACAACCAUUAAAAUUGGUAUCGCAUUACCAAACUCUCCUUUGUCAAAUGUUCCUCUGGGGACCAAACGGGCUACUAAAACUUGCAAAGAUGUAGCUCAAUUGCAUGUUAUAGAAGAAGGGAAACUUCUUACCAACUCAGAAUACAAUGGUGCUAUAAAUCCGAGCAUCAGAGAUGGUCAACAAGAUGAACCUGAUGAAGGACAAGAAACCGGUGCCAUAGUUUUAGCUGCUCCUUCAAUGCAAGAGAAUUUUGACACAAGCACCAGCAGGGGUAGUGAAUCCCCUGAAAAUUUUGAGGUCUUUCCUCCUAAAGCUGUAGCAUUGCAUCGGUUGAGAUGGAACAUGAAUAAAGGUAGCGAGAAAUGGUUGUGCUAUGGAGGUGCUGCAGGCAUUAUCCGGUGUCAGAGGAUCUAAGAAACAAGAGCACACUUGAGGAAUCUCCUUGCAUAUCAGGAAAAUCUGCAUGUGUCCAUCUACACAAUAAACUGUUGCAUGCUGUGAGCUGUAUAGCCUUAUGGACUGAAGCUUUACCUGAGCUGCGAGGUUCUCUGCGUUUUGGGACCAGCAAUUCAUUGCAGGUUGGUUUGAAAAUAGAAAAUACUGUCACUCCAUGCGAUUCUUCCUCGACAUUAGUCUGAAAUAAGUGCAAUAAGUGCCUUUGGCGAUCCAGAUUCGCUAAAUCUGUUGUAAUUGUAAUUGUAAUUGUAAUUAUAAUUGAUAGCUAUUCUUAUUCAUUUCCUUAAACAUAUUAUUGAUGCAGCUGAAAAACUGCACGAUAUUAGGUGGAAUUUCAUGCAUCGCUGUUUAAGUUUUGGAAGUCAUACAGCCUUGUUGCUUCA